AUGUUCCCUACACGACGUCGUUUGUUAACAUAUCUCCUAAAGAUCCGCUUAACAGAUCAUUCCAUCGGAUUCGCCGAUUUGGGUUGCAUUUAUAUCGAAUCCUUUUUCACUCACGUUUCUGUUGGGAUUCUCACAACAGAAAAAAAACCCAUUCCACCUGUCUCUCUGUGGUUCUUCUUCGCCGGUCAAUGUUGCUUCGAACACCUCUGCUGCUCUGCUUCUGAAUUCUAUCAGGAUAAGUGA